CCCCGCUCUUGGAUUCCCGACGACGAGCUCGGAGCUUCUUCUUCCCUGCUCGGUGCUCGUCGCAACAGCUGCCGCCAUGUCUGCCGCGAACCAGCUCGCCGCUCUGGUCAGCAACAUGUACGCCACGGGUUUGCUUGACGAUCAGUUCCAGCAGCUCCAGCUGCUCCAGGACCCCAGCGCCCCUGACUUCGUCUCCGAGGUCGUCACGCUCUUCUGUCAGGACGGCGAGCGGAUCAUCGAAGAGCUGGCCAAACUGCUGGAGAAGCCCAACGUGGAUUUUGACAGGGUUGACGCCUUUGUGCAUCAGCUCAAGGGAAGCAGUGCAAAUAUUGGUGCUCAGAAGGUUAAGAACACUUGCAUUCAGUUCCGCGAAUUCUGUCAGCAGAAGAGCAGAGAUGGGUGCCUCAAGGUACUGGAGACAAUGAGGAUUAACUUCUAUGAGCUGCGUGGCAAGUUUCAGACCAUGCUUCAGCUGGAGCGUCAGGUCAAUGGCUUUCCCCCCAACAAGUAAACCAGAUGGUGGAGUGGACCUUCAUGUUAGGAUGAUGCUUGCACCUUUCAAGUUUCAGAACAUUCUGAAUGAGCUCCUCAAUUGGUUUCUGGGAAGUCUUGUAAUAGCUUAGCAGCAAGAUUAGCGUUGACACCACCGUAGCAGUAGUCAUUGUCGUCAAGUAGUUGUCCUAAAUGUCUGUGCUGGGUUAUGGAUCUCCUGCAAGCAGUUGCAGGCUUGCAGCUGUUCUGUUUACUCUAGUAGUUUAUUUUGGAGUAGUCGCUCUCAAUAAAUCUGUCCUAGGAGUCUAUUGGUGGAUUAUUAGUCAGUCAGUUUCUGGGAUUCCUGGUGGUGAAGCAAAACAAUGUUAUGGCUAUCGGUUAAUAAUAAUAGUUUGCUGUGUUUG